UAUGAAUAAUAAUAUUAAUUAAUAAUAACAGUGCGCAAAAAAACAAUUUAAACGCGACGUUAUUCCCAAACAUUGAUUCGAUCGGAUCAAAAUCGAUCGCGAAGACGUCGAGAAUGCCACGACGAUCUUUCGAAUCGUUCGAAUGGUCGCGAUCGAAAUUGUUCUGGAAUCAAUAUCUGCCUCGCGAAAAGGAUUGCCGUUGAACUAACACUGUGUGUUUAAUUGAAAAAAGAACUCAAUACGAUCGCAGAGCAAUCGAAAUCGAAUGCUGCUCGUCGCGACAAGAGAGUGGAUCUGAUAUAUUGCGUACAAUUAAGCCUCGAUUCUCGAUACAAGACGAUAUCGAGAUGCGCUGCACAUUGGAAUACAUACUUCUGACGAGUCUGCUGAUGGUGCUAAAGUCUUGUCGAAUGGGCACAGCUGCGGAGGAGCCGAUACCGGAAUUUCAGAACAAAGCACCGGUGAGAUUAGUCUGGGCAACCGAAGGAGACAAUGUGGAGCUGCCAUGCGACAUUACACCACCGACCCCAGAGGAUUCGGUCAAUAUGGUUCUCUGGUUCAAGGACAACAUCGGUAUACCACUCUACAGCCUGGAUGCGAGAAACGGUAGUUUGGCCAACGCCAUUCAUUGGGCAGUAAGCGACGAUCUCGGAAGACGAACGUACUUCCAGGUCGGCGACGGUCACCGAGCAAGAUUGAAAGUUACCAAGGUGACGUUGAAAGAUCAAGGUAUCUUUAGGUGCAGAGUGGAUUUCGUGGAUUCUCCGACACGAAAUUUCCGCGUGAACCUAACUCUAGUUGAGCAACCAAGUAAACCUGUGAUAUAUGAUGCCCAAGGACGAGAGGUGACAGGAAUAGGAGGUCCUUUUUUGGAAGGUUAUAGCCUUGCUCUGACUUGUCAAGUGUCUGGAGGUAGACCUAAGCCCUCGGUAACUUGGUGGAAGGAUGGCGAGUUGCUGGAUGGCGUGAUAGAUACUGUACCUAUCGGCUCGCCGAAUAGAUUUACGGUGAAUGACCUAUUUGUCGACAAAGUCACCAAGUCACUGUGGGGAGCGAAGCUCGAAUGUAGGGCACAAUCAGGACCAAUGGGAAAACCUAUCGUCCGCGAGGUGUCUCUCGACAUAUAUCUGAAACCAGCGAUCGUGAAAAUCGUUCUGAGCGAAGAUCAGAUCUUUGCCGGUCGUCCGAUCGCCGCUAGAUGCGAAACUUGGGGUAGUUCUCCAGCGGCCAGGAUCAUUUGGAGGCUGGGAGAACAUGUGAUGGGCGAUCCCAACGUAUCCACCACGCAGAGAAGUAAUUCGACAGUGAGCAAACUAGCUUUGGUCCUCAAUAAGGAUGACGAUGGCAAGGAAUUGAUUUGUCGAGCUGAAAAUCCGAGAUUUCCUGGAGGAGUGCUCGAGGAAGUCAAAACACUUCAUGUCUCUUAUGCUCCAGUAGUCGUUGCUCGUUUGGCCACUGGCUACGUCUUAGAUACUUUGAGGGAGGGCGACGAUCUCAAGUUAGUCUGCGACGUUCAAAGUAACCCACCACCGAUGCAAGUGAUUUGGUAUCACGAUAAUCAACGACUGGAGCAUAAUGUGAACGCCGGAAUUUUGUUGGCUUCAAACUCGUUGACUCUUCGAGUCCUCACGCUCGUACACGUCGGCGAGUAUUCCUGUGCGGCCACGAACACCGUGGGAGAAACUCACAGUCCGCCGCUUUUUAUUCACAUGAAAUAUGCACCGAGAUGCAGAGAAGGUAACGAAAGAAGAGAGAUCACUGUCAGUCGACACGAGACAAUAUCGCUCAUGUGCGAAGUGGAAGCGCUACCUGACGAUCAUGUGCGAUUUUCAUGGACUUACAACGGUACUAUCGGAGAUGUUUUACCUAUUCUAAAUUCGAGGGUCGAGAAUAAAGGUCUCACGAGUGUGCUAGAAUAUACAAUUAACGCUGAUAUCGAUUAUGGUACGCUGGCUUGUUGGGCGAGCAAUAGCAUUGGUCGCCAAAGGACACCUUGUAUUUUCAACAUCAUACCUGCUAAACCACCGCAAUCACCACUGGACUGCGCAUUGCACAACGAGAGUAGUUCACUAGAGGUUAAUUGCAUCCCGGGAUCGGACGGCGGGUCUCCGCAGCACUUUUUACUAGAAGUUCGAGGAUCUCUUAAAAAUUCCAUCAUCGGCCAAAUUGAUCCUCAUACUCUUCAAACACCUCAGAGCGAUCAGGGGAUGGUCGGGGAAUCGCCGCCUAUUUAUCAAGAUAUGAAUCCGACUCCACACUUUCAACUUCACGAUCUUGAACCAGGAUACGAUUAUACAGUGUAUAUUUACGCGAUCAACGGACGUGGCAAAAGUGAACCCGCUCUUCUGGAAAACGUCAGAGUCGCGGAAUCUAUCGGUGGAAAGAUGGAGAAAAGUGGGAUUUUUCUGGAGGAUCUAAAAAAAGCGCUGCCGCAAGCCAGUUCUGAAAAUAUGAUCAUCGUUAUUGCAUUGACAGGCGCGGCAGCGUUGGUCUUCAUCGGUAUCGGAAUUAUUAUCGGCCUGGCAAUCUGCAGGAGAAGAUCAAAUACUACCAUCAUCGAAGGUCCGGACGAUUUCACUACGCCGACCUAUGUUCCAGGUCAUAGGAUCGAGCCUAGAAUCAGAUAUUCUAACGAGAAUAGACGUUCUCAAAGAACAAGUCUUUACAUCGAAGAAAAUCGAAAGGAGCCGGAUUUACUUAACCGAAUGGAGCUCGAUGUGCGAGAUUAAUUCUGAUUUUGUACAGCUAGAAAUAAUCGAGACACAAAGUGCAAUGUAAAGUAGUAUUCCAUAUAUAAAAUUGAACUGCUUCGCAUAUAAAUCGGUAUGUUCUAUUCGUGUAAUUAAUCUGUUAGUAAACUAGUAACUAGAAGUAUCACGGUUGUCGGCUGUAACGAGUAACUAUUAGCCAUAUAUAAUAAAUCAUUUCACUCGAACGCUUGAGCAACGCUAGUAUUUACGAUUCAAUCGAAGAAGUUGCCGAUCUUCAUGCAAAUCGAGGCGUUACGAAACAUUCUAUUAGUUAUUUAUAUUCAUUUUCCGUGAAACGCUUGGUCGUGCGAUUCAAGGAGAUCGACGAUCGAAAUUUGUAUUUUAAAUUGUAUAGAAUCUAGAGUUAAAAUAGCGUUAAAUGUACAGUUAUUUUUACAACGUAGAACGCGCUAAGACAUCGGAGAUCCUGCAUACUUCUAAGUAUAAUUUUAUUAAUAUGUCGAUCCUUAAAAACGUGAUUUUGUGUACCUUUUUCUCCGUCGUACAACAGACUGCUUCAAAAAAAGUAAACGUCAUUUUUAAAUAAUUUAGAGAUUUUUAUAAAUUUUAAUCGCGCAGACAAAA